CAGACUUCUUCCCGUCGUCAUGGACAGGGUGCCCUUCUGCUGCCUGCUCUUCGUAGGACUCCUGAAUCCACUCCUGUCUUUUCCUGUCACGGACACUGGUGAAAGGUCUCUUCAGCUUCCAGUGCUUGAGGAAGAUGCUCUUCGGGCUCUGGAGGAGCUGGAGAGGACUGCCCUCCUGCAGACGCUGCGCCAGACCGUGGGCACAGAAGCAGAGGGAAGCCUUGGGGAAGCAGAUCCCAGUGCCGAGACUCCCACUCCAAGGGGAAGCUUGAGGAAGGCUCUCACUGGGCAAGAUUCUAACACCGUACUGAGCCGUCUUUUGGCGAGAACCAGGAAACAACGUAAGCAACACGGGACUGCCCCAGAAUGCUUCUGGAAGUACUGCAUUUGAGGAGAGACGUCUCCUCAGAACCAUCACUUCAGGAAACUAAAAGAGCAGAUGCUUGAAGAAAAAUUGUGCCAACGACGCCCUGUUCUCCACUAUGAAAAAUAAACCCUCUAUGUUUCUCAAGUAUCA